AAUGAGUAGAGGUACGAAUCUCUUUACAGCAUUUUCAAUAUCAACAAUUAUCUGGAUAAUUACACUAUUCUUAUCAAAUGGAUAUGUUAAGUAAUUAGAAAUAUAAAAUUAGUGAAGUUGCCAAAUCUAUGCCAACAUAUGCUUUGAUUUUAUAUUUCUCAUAUGCACUUUUUAAAGUAGGAGGAGAUUUAGCAAGAUUAAAGGAUUAUCCUGAAGAAGCUUAAUCAUUAUAAAAAGAAGUUGAGGAAGCCAAAAGAUUUUAUAAAGAGAAAGGAUUAAAAUUAUGAA